CGUAUUUAAGGCCGUAGCGCUUCGUUCGUCCCCUUCCCAACUGCACGCUCGUUUGCUUUUCAUCGCUCAUCACACAUCUCGUGUUUUUCUGUUAUUUCGUUGCUCCGUUCCUCGCAAACCUCUCCUUCAACACUAUCUGUAAAACAUGUCCUGGCAAGCGUACGUCGACAGCAACCUGAUUGGUACCGGAAAGAUUCAGCAAGCGGCCAUUCACGGUCUUGAUGGCUCUCUCUGGGCAACCUCCAAGGGCUUCAGCGUCGCGCAAAACGAAGUCCAAACCCUCAUCAAGUCUUUCACAGAUGCUUCUACCAUCCGCGCCAGCGGUAUUCACCUGAACGGCUCCAAGUACUUUACGCUUCGGGCCGAUGACCGUAGUAUCUACGGCAAGCAGGGACAGGGCGGUGUUGUCAUUGUGAAGACAAAGCAGGCCGUCUUGAUCGGCGUUUACGAUGCUCCAGUUCAAGCGGGUGAGGCGACAAAGGUUGUAGAAGGAUUGGCUGACUAUCUCAUUAGCGUAAACUACUAAACUGCCACAGCGCACGUUUAUCCCCACAUUUAUACAAGAAAUGCUUGAAAAUAUGACUAGGAUAUGAUGAGAUUGCGGGGGAUAUUUUUUCUGCACACUCUCAUGUCCGUGAUAAUAUACCUUGUCCUCUGUUAGUUGAUCCCUUGAAUACUAGUGUUCGUGUGGUCAUCGGCACAUUCAUGUCUUAAUCUCGAACACCUGAUGCCGUGACGAUUCACCUGCUAUUGAAUGGCUCUGAGAAUGAACGCCUUGGUCUGGCUUAAAUAUCCUGCUAGUAUAGCUCGCCAAAUCAGCGACAUUAUCGCGAGGUGUUUUACAUGCGCCAAAAAGACUAAUGAUAAAUUAACAUGUCACUGAGAAUUACAUAUAACUGCAUCAAAC